CUGUUACUGUGAUCAGAUACCUGUGCUGCUGGCUGAGGACUCUGUUACUGUGAUCAGAUACCUGUGCUGCUGGCUGAGGACUCUGUUACUGUGAUCAGAUACCUGUGCUGCUGGCUGAGGACUCUGUUACUGUGAUCAGAUACCUGUGCUGCUGGCUGAGGACUCUGUUACUGGGAUCAGAUAUCUGAGGACUCUGUUACUGUGAUCAGAUGGACUCUGUUACUGGGAUCAGAUAUCUGAGGACUCUGUUACUGUGAUCAGAUACCCGAGGACUCUGUUACUGUGAUCAGAUACCCGAGGACUCUGUUACUGUGAUCAGAUACCCGAGGACUCUGUUACUGUGAUCAGAGACCCGUGCUGCUGGCUGAGGACUCUGUUACUGUGAUCAGAUACCUGUGCUGCUGGCUGAGGACUCUGUUACUGUGAUCAGAUACCCGUGCUGCUGGCUGAGGACUCUGUUACUGUGAUCAGAUAUCUGUGCUGCUGGUUGAGGACUCUGUUACUGUGAUCAGAUACCUGUGCUGCUGGCUGAGGACUCUGUUACUGUGAUCAGAUACGUACUGGGGUUAGGGUAUACUGUACUGAUAUCUGUCCUAGAGAACAUGUGUUUGGCUGAGCUCUACUGGAACAGAAGGAGGUCGACAUCAGUGUUGUAAAUGAAUGGUUCAGGUCUAGAUAGAUGGAGAGAGAGAGAGAGAGAGAGAUUAUGACUGUGACUUAAGCUUUGAGAUGGACACCCUUGAUAUUUUGUCGGUUUUUAUCAUCUCUCUCUCCCCCCCUCCCUACUCUCUCCCCCUCUCUCCUCUCUCUUUCUCUCUCCAGUUUCUAGAGGUCAUACUGUUUUCUAUCCUGCUCUAUUUGUACAAGAGGAGGAAUAUCAAGCAUAUAACCAUAGUGAUGCUGCUGGUGGCUCUGCUGGCCUCCCUGACAGUGAUCUCGGUGAAAGCUGUGUCUGGGAUGAUCACGGAGUCUAUAAAGGGAGAGGUCCAGCUCAUCUACCCCAUCUUCUACGUCAUGCUGGUGGUCAUGGUGGCCUCCUGUGCCUUCCAGAUAAAGUUCCUUAAUCAAGCCAUGAAGAUGUUUGAUGCCACGGAGGUCGUCCCCAUUAACUUUGUGUUCUUCACUGCCAGUGCCAUUACCGCAGGAAUAGUAUUCUACCAGGAAUUCCAGGGGUUGGCUUUGCUCAAUAUAUUAAUGUUUCUCUUUGGCUGUCUGCUCUCAUUCAUUGGAGUCUUCCUGAUAGCCAGAGACAGACCCAAGAUCAAGACUGAAAACGUAACCUUUAUAGCCAUGGGGAAAAUACCAGGGAGAAAAUGUAAAGACAAGGUCCAGCCGGAGGUGAAAAGCAACACAUACGGCUCUCUGGCAGCUAAACUCAUGUGUAACAAACCUGGUCCACAGGACGACUCCUAAUAUCAGCCACACCUGUCUGUCUGUGUACAGAGAUUACCUGUGUCAACACUACACACACACCUGUCUCCUGGGUUGCCAGACUGAAUGGCUGACUACAGGGACAAAGUGAGAGCACUGUCUCCAUACUGUAUUUCCAGCAGGAUUAUGGCUGCAUUAGCAAAAAAUUCCCCAGAUUUUCGCAGGGAUUCCUAGUAUCUUCUAUCUCGCUCCUGAUUCCAGGAGUCUGGCCAGAAGCAGGAUUUCUGGGGAAACUUGGACAUCUUUGGGAAAGUUACAAUUAUCAGGGAAUUGAACUCUGGUGCUACAGAUACUGAAGAGACAUUUCAGGAUCCGACCCGAAUGCACUACAGACACCAAAUAAAACAUUAUUAUUUAAUUAUCAAGGAGGAACCACCUGAUUUAUUCUCUGUUAAUACGAAAGCAACUGUCGGAUCCAAUUUAAUAUGGUUUCAAUCAUUGAUUUGUUAAUAAACUGGAAUGUGAUGUU